AUGAGCAACUCAGGUAAGAGAUGUUUUUUAGUUCAGCUCUCAUCAUUUGCUGCGAGUCAUAUUGAUUCAUCAUUACACCCACCACCGUAUUUUCUUCGCGGAACGCUCUGUAACAGUAGUAUGGAAUCCUCACUGAGUUCUUUGCAGGAAACUCCAACUUGGGAGUUGUGCCACCGAUUCGAGUUUAAAGAUACCCAUCAUCAUCAUAAUAAUAAUGAUAAUAAUAAUAAUAAUAAUAAUAAUAAUAAUAAUAAUAAUAGUAUGGAUCAGCAGAUGGUGAUUGAAUGCUACAGCAGAGAUGAAACAAACUUUGUCGGUAUGUGUCGUUUACUACCAGAUCAACUCCUGCAAUUGUAUGAAUCCUCCUCCUCUUCUUCUUCUUCCUCUUCAUCAUCAUCAUCAUCGACAGCAAAUAACUUUCUGCUAACACUGCCGUUGUGUAAUGGGGUACACGUUAAGGGUGACUUAUCGUUCCAUCUGGCGAUAGAAGCCGUUGUCUGGCUCACAUUGCAGAUAACACGUAUAACACUCAUUCCACACCCACCGCUGGGAUCACCAAUGUGCGUAGAGAUCUCGUGUGGUUAUGAAGAAAAUGGUAGUGUUGUACGUGUAAAGUCCGAAUAUGCGCCGCGGGAGAUAUCGGAGUGGAGGACAAUUCCGCCAUUACAGUGUAAAACGACUCUCACAACAUUAGAAAAGGAAGGACUUUCUCUGGUAUUUAUUGGAGAAUCAAGGGGAGAAGAAGAAGAGGAAGAAGUGAUGAGUCACUUACGUAUAGCUGUACCAAUAACAAUAACAACAUCAACUUUAACAACAAUAACACGUAUGGGUGAUAAAGGACGAUGUACAUUUGAUGUAGACGCACCUGUUGAGUUUAUGGGAUUAGAUUCCACACUAAAUUGUAUCCUUACUGGUGUUACCAUGACAAUAGAACCCUAUUUAUUCAGUAUAUCACCAACUGGUGUAGGUGUAUCAUGCAAUGUAGUGAAAGAGGAAGAAAAAGAAGAAAAAAAGGAUUUAAACAAACAAGAAGACGGUGGAAAUAAAGAGGAUUUAAUAUCUUCUGAAGGGAAUCACGUACCUCUCACAGAAGACCUGCGUAUUUUAGGGGAGGUGUUACGGCGGCAAGAAGAAAUGCUGGAGACAAUUAACGAGAGACUUGAUUUUGUAAGAAACUCUAAAACGGAAGUUUUAUCAAAACUUGAAUCGCUGCGCCAUAUAGCUGAAACUGCAGCGAAGGAUCCAAACGUAUUAGCUAAAAAUAAAGAUUUUGAAUUAGAGUUACAUGCAUGCAUGCAAAAGCGACGAAAACUACAGAACGAACUCGCUCUAGUACAACAACAGUACAUCGAUGCUGAACAAAACCACACACGCUGCACGGAGGAGCAAACACAAGAACUAGAAAAACUGCAAAUGGAGCAUGGAGUGAUAUCAAAUAUGCAGGAAUAUGCACAGAGAGUACAACAGUCGAUAGUGCAAGUCGGACUCACGGAGCAGAGAAGACGUGAGGAGCGCCAACAGCAAGCGAGAGAACAAGAAUCCCUCACUAGUAAUGAUGCGGAGGCGCUGGCGAUGGUGGGACGACUUCUGCAGGAGUUGUAG